ACUAAAACCUCAUUACCUCGGCUUAAAUUGUAACAAUAUCAACAAUAAAAUUAUUGUGCGGCUUUUUCAGUGGUCAUAAAGUAAAUAAUAGAAUGUGUACGCAGAGCUGUUGCUUUUAGUAAAUGAAUAAAGACAGAAUAUAGAAACAAAAAACUUCAAAAAGUGUCUAUGUCUGUGAUGGGCAUGUAAGUAGUUACAUUUUUAUUUGAGGCUUGUACUGAACUAAUAACACGUGGUUUUAUUGUUGCCGAAUCUUGAAUCAAAAAUCAAAAAGUAUUACAUUAAAUUUGUAGUUUUGGCCACAGUAUCUUUUUGGUCGAAAGAUAUCAAAAAUGGGCAAAAGAGGUAAGAAUCCAGGUGCCGUAGAUCAAUGGUUAGAUGCAUUGGGAUUAUAUAGAAAAAACGUAGCCUAUGAUGAAACGUGUUUGUUUCGAGCAAUCAGCGAACAACUACAUGACUGCCAAGUUCACCACGAAAGAGUUCGAAGGGACUGUUUGACGUUUGCCAGGCAAUACUAUAAGGAAUUAUCUGGUGAUUUCGAUUCUCCUGAAAAAUUCUUGGAACAUCUCGACAAAUUAGAAAAGCACAUGGUUAUUUGUGGCAAUAUUGAACUCAACAUUAUUAGUGCGCGGUAUAAUCGAGGCGUUACAAUUUUUGAUGCGGCUAGCCAAAAAAUUUACAACUUGUCAGAAGAAAAAUUUGAUAAGUCCUUUUUGUUAUGUGUCAUGGACAGGGAUCAUUAUGAUGUAGUGUAUAAUAAAGACCAUAUAUUGACAGCAGGUUUCUGUCAAUCUAUAGUGUAUAAAAUCCUUUACGAAGAUAUUUUCGGAAUUGAAAAUGUCGAUGACAUAGUUCACAAUAUGUUGUAUGAUAAAGGAAACAUAAUUACCCAAGCGGAAUUAAUGAUGGAGAAAAAGAGGAUAAUUAAAGAAUCGGAAGAUGAAGAAUUAACAAAGGAAGAAUUGGACGAAAAGUUAUUUAACAUUAACCCAAUUGCCAGUAUUGCCCCUUUUCCCUUUAAGAUUGCCAAAGCUCUAGAUCCCAAUAUCUACAGGAAUAUUGAGUACGACUCAUGGGGCGAGACGAGAAGAGAAUUGAGAUUAGGUGAAUGGUAUUAUGGGGACAACAAACUAAUUCUGGGUACAAAAUGUAUUUUUAACGAUAUGAAUGGAGUUGAAAAAUAUGAAUGCUACAUUCAGGAAAUGAUUAAAGACCAAAACCAAUGUGUUGUAUAUAUCACAAAAUUGGCCCAGAAGCGUACCGUUAAUUAUACUGACUUAUCUCCAGAAGAUGAUGCUAAACCUUGGCCGUUACCAUACAGAUUCUCAAAAAGCGUUGUCAUCACUCCUACUAGUCCCACAUUGGAUAGAAAUAGUUCUAAAUCAAAAAAGCGAAACGCCAAAGAAAAGAAGAGAACUAAAAGUGAGAGUAGUAUAAUGUCAGCUGGAGCUGUAGUUAAGCAUGAACCAAUUGAAAACAUAGAAGCAUACGUGGGAAUUCCUUUGCAAAUGCACAGUCAAAAUACUACAGAGAAUAUCAGCUUCACUCAAACAGAACCAUUAUCCGAGGCUAAAGUUGAACUAACUGCUUCUCAAGACGUGGUUGCUACUAUUGACAUGGAAAAUGAAACUUCAGACAAUGCAACUUGGUGUCAAAGCGGAUAUCAUUGGCCACAAUACAUGACUCCGGCUGGUGAUCCCUUCAUUUGGCCUACAAAUUCUGAUCAAAACCAAGGAAUGUACAAUUACAACAUGAAACCAAUGGUAGCCUCUGCCCCUGUUACUCCCAGUGUUAUACCUUAUCACGAUGUAAAUUAUCCAUACUACUACAACUAUCACGUAGAAACCCCUCAAAGUUAUCCACAGUGGUCCUCUCCGCCGUUUGAGUUACAAGCACCUCCGCCACCAAAGAAUCAACAAAAAGUGCAAGAGCAAGAAAAUAUAGAGGUUCAUCAAAACUACCACGAAACGUCACAAUAUAUAAAUAAAGUUGAAGUAAAUAACAAUUAUGAUCCAAAAAUGACAGAUUCACGAUUGUCAGAGACUCCUAUGAUUAAUUACGUACAACAACCAGAGACGCCUAUUGCUACAGAGAGGCCUGUAGUUAAUUAUGCCUCACAAGGGGAUAUGAGUGUUUAUGCACAACAUCCUUGUACUCCCGUGGAAAUGUAUCCGACGAUGUCACCUGUGUUGCAGAUGCCUCAGAUGCCACCAGGUACUCCGAUAUUAUACUCAACAGCACCAACAGCUUUAACGCCGGAAAUCGCUGAAGUAUUGGUUCCAACAACACCUGUGAUAUAUACUCCAUCUGUAGAAGUUUCAUAUGUACAGCCAACACAGUAUAUUUAUCCACCUACUCCUCCUCCUUCAUGGUAUGCUUCUCCUGUGACAACUCAAGGAUUCAUUUUUCCUCAAAGACCAUAGGAAUUUUAAAAAUUCAGAUUGACUUGAGUUUGUUAAACAUAUUGGUCUGGUGUCAUUAUUUGUUAGCAUGGGAAACAGUUUUGAUAAUAUUUUAGUAAUAAUCAACGUAUUGUGUUGAACGAGAAACUGUUAUCAGUAUUAACUAUAGAGCUUUUGGGCCAACCAUUUAAAAAAAAUUAACUUCCCUGUUUGUAUUUCGAAAAAUUUUCGGGCGGACGCGUUUCUUAAAUAAGGUUUCUAAACAAUCCUGCAAAAAUCAACUGUGAGGGUAUAAAUCGUAUGACUCUUUAUAAUCCGUGCGCCCCCCUUAUGGGGGGCGCACUAUGGAGUAAUAAACGAUGAUUUUUUUGCAGGAUUGUUUGAUGAAAAUACUUACAAUUAAAUGGUAAUAUUGUCCGACAAAUUUUUAGGGGUACUUCAGUUGUCGGACGCGCCAAAUUUUAGAAACCUCUAUAUUUACGAAACGCAUCCCUCACGAAAAUUUUCCGAAAUAGAAAAGUUGUUCAAUUCGACGUGAAUAACUGAACAAAAAAAAGUCUCCCAAGGACAAAUAGUUUAAAUUAGAGAAAUUUUUAAUGUACCUAUGGUUUGAUUAUACCUAUUUACGAAACGCUUUGUAUGGUAGUACAUAUUUACGAGCGGUAUAAGUAUGCACAUUUAGAGUCGAUUUGGAUUUUUUAUAAAUUUAUCAAAGUAGUUGAAGAGUUAAAUGCUAAUGAAGUAUUUUUAAAUGAAAUAUUUAAUGUUUAGUAGGUGUUUAAAUACUAAAAACUUAUUUUUGUGGUUAUUAUUUACUUUUUAUAAUAAUAUAAAAAAUAUGUUUAUACAGGGUGUUUCAUUGGGAAAGUAACAUACGUU